AUGCAAUCUGGAAACCCCCUCGACCAAGACACACAAUCCAGCCUGCGCAAUGGAGCCAUUGGCCAGCACGCAGUCGGCGCUGCUGCUGCCGCACAACAACCAAAGGCUAUCAGCGCAGCCUUCAUCCACAAGUUAUACAGCAUGCUCGAAGACCAGAGUAUACAGCAUUUGAUUUCCUGGUCCAGCACUAACGAAAGCUUUGUCAUGUCACCUUCCACUGAAUUCUCCAAAGUUCUUGCAUCAUAUUUUAAACACACCAAUAUUUCAUCUUUCGUCCGUCAAUUAAACAUGUACGGCUUCCAUAAAGUGAGCGAUGUUUUUCAUACAGGAUCGCCCGAUUCGCCUUUGUGGGAAUUCAAACAUGGCGCCAACAAUUUCAGGAGAGGCGACUUGAAUGGCUUGAGAGACAUCAAACGCCGAGCUUCCAGGCACACUUUGAUACAUCGUGAUUCUUUCUCAAAUGCGACACCCAAGAUGACGCUUCAGCCACCUCCUCCUCCGCCUCCUCCCGGUGCACCAAUGGAGCAAUCAAUGCCAGAUCCUGUCGAGGCCCGGCUGAGCAUGCUAGAGUUCAAUCUUCAGGACGUUUACGCGAGGUUGGCUAGGUCAGAGGAUGCAUAUGCAAAUCUUAGCGCCAAAUGCCAGAUGUUGUCAGACGGAUUGGCAAGAUGCCACUAUUGGAGUGGCGAGUUGUCGUCUCAACUUCUAGGAAUGGCACCUGACCCGGAUACGCCUAUUCACAGAGAUGUAUCAGCCUUGCGCGCCGAGAUCAACAGAAAUGCCGAUAUUCUGAGAUCACACGAAGUGCCCCACGAAAUUCUGCAGCCGACUCGUCCUCCAUACAUGAGUGCGCCUUCUUACGAUCACGGUGGUCCUGUUUCGCCGCGCCAACAAGCAAUGGAUGCUUCUCGUAGACCUUCUUUGCAACCCAAUUCUCGCACUUCUUCCUUCAGAACACCCAUGCCUCCGCAUAUGACAGCAUCGCCUCACAAAUUUGGUUCUCUCAGCGGACCGUCUGGUCCGCCAUCGCCUUCGUCCAGGCAACCUGCACCGCCACCACCACCGCCGCCAACUUACACGACGCUUCCGCCUCCGCCGGCGCCAGCGAACGCGGCACAAGCCUCCCUGCAACAUCGCCCAGCAUCACCUCCUAUGAACCUUUCACGACGCCAUACUUCGGCAGACAUCAGGCUCCAAGGAUGGAACGGCCCGCCGCACGCAAUUCCUCCACCACCGCCCCCACAUGGAGGCUCACCUUUCACGACAGUAGGACAGAAUUCUGCACAGUGGCCGACGUCUCCCUUCCGCCAAGGCAACAACGAAGGCCAGCAGAUUAGGGAUACUUUGGCACAAUAUGAGCUGCCACGCGCGACAUCUAGACUCGGCUCUAGGCAGACAACACCGCCCGACGCAGGCCCUCCAUCGUACGCCAACAACAGUGGCGAGGCGGGAUGGCAGCUCCCCGGGCCAAAGUUCUCGUUCAAGGGCGUUGAAGCUUCAGCACCAGGAACUCGACGCAGUAGCAUGGCUAGUAACGUGCACUCACUGCUCAACCCUACGGCAGAUUCAAACCAUGAACGAGAUGGAGAAGACGGGCCCGAAGACAGGAAGCGCAAAAGACUAGGAUAG